AUGCCUUCCCCACCUAUAACUAUUGUCGCCCCACCACCUCCUCCACCUCCGCCGGCCGUCAUGGCCCCCACUUCUCUGGCCUCUAAGCCGCCGCAGGUGGCCCCGACAGGACCCAUCGAUGCCUUUAUGGUCGAGCUGUUGAUCUAUAACGGCUCGCCCUUCAAAGAUCACUGGGGGUACUGGGUACGCUCACACACCAGUCCGGACAUUGGCGUUAUGAUACACGCGACCGGUGAUGUGAGGAAUGGGUUUGUAUUCGAAAUCAAGCGCAGCCAUGACUUGCAAAAAACCCCCAAUCGUCCAACCAUGAGAGUCCCGCUGCAAUGGGUCGAUGGGAAGUACUUUGAUGAGAAGGCUAUGCUCAACAACGGCGAACGAAAAAUCGAAAAUGUGCCUGUCUGUCCCUUCGAGACCAGUGCUUAUAAAGUGAAAGUUCCGGGGAAGUCUCUGAAUACAACCAGUAGCGCGCAGGAAAUCACCCAGAAGAACUGUCAGACAUGGAUUGUUGAAUCUGCCGACCAACUCCUCAAGGAUCAUAUUUUCAGCCGGGAAGUUGCCAUCUAUCUUCACGCGAUUGAGCAGUAA